GGACGAGCCAGUACUUGGAAUCCGCUCUACACCUGUUCGAGGACUCCCAGGAUCCGUUUGGGCACCUGGACGUCAUCCUGGGCUUCGACGAUGUGGAAGAAAAUCGUCAAGCCGCGCCGAACACCAGUACAACUAGCGAAACUUCCGCUCCUCCGCAAGUGGCGCUGGGCUGGUACGCGAUACCCAUUUCGCCCGCGGAAGCUGAACGGAGCCACAACACAGGGGCAGCUGCACAACCUGGUGGUUGAGCUGCAAGUUAUUGGACGUCGUUCUCUCUGUCGAUAGAAAUAAUAGAAUGGAGUUGUAUAAAAAUGCAAAUGGCUCGCAUGAUCAUCGAUGUACAUCUGUGUCGAAAGAAGAGGCACGACUAGGUUUUCUUGUGACCACCUCGAGUCGACUUUUUCUUGAUUAAGCAGUGCACAGUGAGCACGACAGACAUUCCUGCCAGUCAAUCGCUUAUCGUCCAUCCAAUGUUGCGUCGUCAACGUAUCGUACAUGGUAUUUUUUGUUGCAGAAACCAUAAAGAACAUGCACAUGGCUUCAAGUAUGCAAUUCGUUCGUAGGAGUAGGGCAAAUAUUUGCAGCGUCGCGAUGAAUCGUAUAUAUUCGUUUCCGUUCGUGAUAGUGAUUGACGUUGACAGUGAGCUGCCUGCGUGCCCAAGGAAGAUACUCAUACGGAUGUGUUCCACAACUAUUGCAAUCCUAAGAAAGUAUUUUGUAUUCCACAUUUAUCCAUACCACAGGAUCUUUUGAAUUUCUUACACUUGGGCUUUGUACAAGUAGUUCAGGAUUUGUACUCUUCUAGGUUUCACCUCCACCACCUCGCUCAAGCAUUGUUUCUUGGUUUCAGUCUUUCCAGGGUCGAUUGUUUUAAGUCCUCGGAUUCGGAAAAUCCUCGUGAUAUACCAGCCCGUCGAACCUGCCGUCAUCGUCAUUGAAGGAGGGCACUCACAUAGAAAACAUGUCGGGGCAGCUGUCGCGCAAGAAUUUCUCCGUCGGCUUUGGCAUCGACGAGCCAGGUUAUGGUUUGCUGAUUUACAUGCAACCGGGAUUGCGGAAAGGCUACCGACAGUUCGUUCGGCAAGUUUUUGACCCCAGCAACAGUGAUUUCGAGGCAUGGAACGGGAAUGCGCUUCUGGGUAGUUUCGAGUUUGUCGAGAUACAAAAUCAGCGUCGGCCCGGCGACGAGGGAUCUCGGGUUGUUUAUGAGCCGAGCAUCGGAAGGGCGAUAUUGAAUGACAUGACUUCGUGGCUCGGGAAUAAUGGGCUGUCCGAGAAAAGAAAGAGGGAUGCAGUGCGGACAAAAGCUACGGCAACAGCAAGGGCUGCCGCGCAGCGACGUGAAGAUACCAACCAAACUCCUGCUAACGCAGGUCGGGCGUUCGAUCCCUUGCAAGUACCGACGAAUCAAGCCCAGAAAUCUUCACCUGAACAGCCGGCUGCCUCGUCAGAAGCAAUUUGUCCGGCUUCUCCCCUGCCGCCAUGCAGUCAUGAUGCAGAGCCGGUGUCGGAAUACUCCUACGAUCGCACCGAGCGGUUCUACGCCCGGGUGCCUGUGAGUGUUAGAAUUACGGGCGACAUCCCGAUAAAGCCUCGCGAAGUGUCGCUCAUACCGCGAGGCGGGUGGAUUGUGGACAAGAAAAGCAACUACGCUGUUGCUCAGAUCGCGGAUCCUCUCAUCGCGGGGUCCGUGGAGCAGCUCUGCUGGAUGCCGAACGUGCGGAUUGACCCCGAGCACUCCAAAACGACGGCCCUCCUCGACGUUUGUGGCACACCCUGCAUUUUGUCUGACUGGGAGGAGCAGUUGCUCCGCGAACAAAAAUUUAAUGACGAGGAGUCAGAAGAAGCCUGGAUUCGCAAAAACUGCGAACCGAGCCUGCUGAACUUGCAGGAGCUGGAUCAGUGCUUGAAGCAGUUGCAGACGCAGCUUGGAACCAAUUUUCCGUACGCCACGACGGGGCUUCCCAACAAGUACCUGGAAAACCAAAAAGACAAAUUUAAAUUUUCACCCCGCGACCGGCCGGAAACGAAAGAAAAAAAGACGCCCAAGGCGAAGGCGAAAAGUUCAGCGCGAUCCAGGUCUUCCGAUUCUUUGGAGGCAGAGUUUGACACGAUAUUGCGGCAAGUGAUACCCUUGCAGCAACCCAGCUAUAACGACAUGCCUUCGCUGAGCGUGCGUUUGGGCAAACCUUUUGAUGUGCUGGCGGAGUACCAACAAAAAGCUUUGUGGUGGAUGGUCGAGCAUGAGUUGCGCUGGCCGCAUUUGAGUGGUGGAAUCUUGGCCGAUGAUAUGGGGCUCGGGAAGACUGUCACCUGUGCUGCCCUGCUCCACCACACAGAAUACUUACUCGAGCAGGCAGGAGAUGCAAACGCCCAGAAAGUGCAGCACGCCCUAGCGGAGAAGAUCAAAAUGUGCAUCGAUCCCGCCCAGGAAAUCAGUCGCAGGACGCUCGUCGUGGCACCAAAAAGCGUACUUGAGGUGUGGAAGUCAACACUGGAAAGAGCACUGCGCAUUUCCCCGCAACAAAUUAACGUCUACCACGAAAAAACAAAGCGGCGACCAGCCGAUACCCCGACUUUCUCAAUUACAAUCACCACGUAUACAACGUUCAGGAUGAACUGCGCGGACCUGGACGGCUCAGAUCUCAACGGCGGGUGGCAGCGCGUCAUUCUUGACGAAGGGCAUGAGAUUCGGAACGAAACAACGCUAGCUGCCAUGUGUCUUACGAAAUCACUAAAGGCGAGAACGCGUUGGGUCGUUUCUGGGACGCCGGUUGUCAACAAUGUCAAAGACCUCCGAUCAAUCUUCAAGUUCCUUCACUAUGAACCCUUCAACUCGGAUGAAUUUUUCCGAGACUUCGUGCCGAUCAACGCAAAAGGUGAGGCCACCCGCGACGGGCUGCUGCGAAUGCACCGUCUUGUCCAAGCUAUCAUGCUCCGCCGGUCGAAAACCCAGCUGAAAAAAUGGGGGCUCUUUCCGGUUCCCGAAAAGAUUGAGCGCAAGGAACUGGUGACGCUUAACGACAAAGAGCAGCAGUGUUAUGAGUUGUUGACCUGUGAGGACGGCAAUGCAGCCAAAAACGUGCUCGCUUUGAUGACCUACGCUCGUCAGUCGGUGCUACACCCCGGGCUGCCGUCGUUAAAAGACCACCUCCACGGCGAAGAGGACUUGCUGCAAGCCGUGCAGCCCGGAGGGCCACAGGGCCUGGUUUCCUCCAAGAUGAAGAAGGUCGCGGAGAUUGUGUUCGACCGCCAUGAUCCAAAAGCCACCCAGGGCGAGCCCGUCGUCGUUUUCUCCUUCUUCAAGUCCUUUUUCCCCUUGUUGCGGUCGUUCCUCGAGAAAUGUGCGGAGGAGCGUGGACUUGCGUCCUUUCGAGUCGCCGUGAUUGACGGGGACACGCCCGUGGCGAAGAGGGAGACUACGGUGCGGGACUUCCAGAGCGGGGACGUCGCUGUUCUGCUCUGCACGCUGAAGACGGGUGGUGUUGGCUUGACGCUGACCCGCGGCCGGACCGCGAUUCUGUGCGACCCCUGGUGGAAUCGCCCCAUGGAGACCCAGGCAAUCGACCGCAUCCAUCGUCGCGGAUCCAUCUAUCCGAGCAUCAACGUGUACCGCUUGAUCGCGAAGGGCACAAUCGAGGAACGAAUUUUGGAACUGCAAGAAAUGAAGAAUUUUCAGAAGGAAGGGCUCAUUGACGCCAAGGACCAGCGGUACUUGGAAAGCAUUCCCGAGCGCCAGCGGAACAAACUCUUCACGCCAAUGAACGACGAAGAACGUCGAGCUCUGCAGGUCGAGGAUGACGCCACGACAAGACAAGCGACAGAAUCCGACGAUGCGAAUCCGCAGUGGGCAGCGUAUGACGACAAUGUUGUGAUGAUGAGCGACGUUGACAACAGCGACGGCGACUCGGAGUCAGGGAGUUACCGCACCCAGCGACCAAUGGUCAUACAGGACCCAAGAUCCUACAUAGCUGCGAAUCUUGUUGACUUCUUGCGCACUCACUUUUUCCCGCAGGGGUAGCAGGAACACGUUUUUUCUGAUCGAGAAUUACAGUUAGUGUUAGAUAGAACUAUGAGGAAAAACAGGAGUCCUGUUUUCGUUUCACUGGAGAGUUGCAAAAGUAACAUAUACCUUCCCUUGAGACGGACCCGCGCCGUAGUCUAGUUGACCAAGCUGGUCCUGCCGCCCAAACCUCAUCAAUACAACUCCGGGAGGUUUUUCAUAAAUUCGAAUGUGCGCUUCCACAAUCCACAUUAUGACGCAGAAUAAAAAUCAUGAUGAUGAACUAAAGCUACUCUCCUAGUUGCGCUCUGAUGUGCUCGAUCAGACAAACCGAUGUGGAUCUAUUAGCCAGGCAAGAAUCUGAAUCUUUUGCUAAGCCAAUGCCAUUUCAGCUAUAAU